UAUAUUCUACGCAUUUGUCUAUUUUUAUUUUAUUUUAGUCAUAAUUUAAAAAGUUAAAAAUGGAGAAUUGGAAAAAAAGAAAACGAAGAUUUGGAACUCUCCAGUGGACAAUACUUAUGUACUUUCUCGUAAACACUGUAUCGGUUCGUAACGCCGUUACGACAAAUCUUACUUAUGAUUUAUAUAUCGUUGAAGAAGAAGAUUCUGGCUUUGUUGCAGAAAUACCGGAAAUAAAAAAUAACAGAGUUAUAUUUGCCGAUCAAAUCUCAGAGAAAUAUCUACGUGUAGAUGUAGCUUUAGGAGUGAUUUUCACUAGGGAGAAAAUAGAUCGCGAUAUUCUAAUAAAAGAUACUAUGCACUUUGUUGUAAUUUCUGUUAACAAGCCUCCAAUUGAAGUUAAUAUUCAUAUAAAAGACAUAAAUGACAAUCAUCCUACAUUCAUAUCUGCUGCUCAAAAUUUCACUUUCGAUGAGUCAGCAAAUAUUGGAGAUAAAGUGCUAAUUAGCCCAGCAUAUGAUAAUGAUGACGAUCUAAAUGGUUUUGUAAGUAAUUAUACAAUACAAAGUGCGGACAGAAACCAUGUCUUUCGUGUUGAAUACGAUAUCUUGUCUAAAAGUUUUUACCUGGUUCUUACAAGCAAACUGGAUAGGGAAUAUGUGUCAAACUACCUUUUCAAAUUGACGGCGUACGAUUCUGGAAGUCCAAAGCUGUCUGGCAGUUGCUUGUUAAACGUUGCAGUAAGAGAUGUGAAUGACAAUACGCCGAUUUUCGAGAGUUCUUACAUGGAACUAAAUUUGAUGGAAAACACAGCAGUUGGAACUCAAAUCACGUGUUUCAACGUCACUGACCCGGAUGAAGAUACGAAUUCCAUGGUCAGUUAUACCUUGCACGGCACUCAUGCAAAAAACUUUUCAAUAAAUCAAAAUGGCUGCUUGAAGUUAACAAAGCUACUUGACUUUGAACAAUAUCAAGAAAUUGAUUUAACUGUUGUUGCCAAGGACCAUGGAAUACCUACCCUACAAUCUCAUGCUAUUUUAAAACUGCACGUUAUAGAUGUAAACGAUAACGCGCCAAUUGUACAAAUAAUAAGAGGCUCUAACAUCACAAUAGACGAAGGAAUAUUACCAACCAUACUUAGUCUUAUCUCCGUUCAUGAUGCUGAUAGUGAAAUAACCAAUGGAAAUAUCACCCUGGAACUGACCAAUCAUCGCGAUAUAUUUAAAGUAACAAAAUUUGAUCUUUCUGUUUCACGCUCGAUAUUUUCUCAGGAAACUUUUACUUCAAAAAAAUUAUAUUUUGUAUUGCGAACAAGAAGUAUUUUAGACAGAGAACAACAUGCUCGAUAUAAUUUAAGCUUGCUAGCCUCAGAUGGCACCUACUCUACAACAACGUCCGCCAUUAUUAGUGUUGCUGACAUAAAUGAUAACGCGCCAAACUUUAUCAAAACUGUUCGACGAAUGACUGUAGACGCUGUUUCACCGAUAGGAUCCUUUAUUGCCCUUCUUCGCGCUGUUGAUACAGAUGAGGGCUUAAAUGGAGACGUGACAUAUGAAAUCGAACACUUCUCACCCUGCAACUCAUUUUUCAAGAUAAACAGUCAAACAGGAGUUCUGGUUACCACUUCUGCGCUUGAUCAAUGCAAAUACGAAUCGUUUGUUUUAACUAUCUCAGCCAGAGAUCAUGGCUCUCCUCCGUUGAAGGGAAUUUCAAAUAUUUCCAUGACAAUAAGUAAUUUUAAAAGUGCAUGUAUACCGAAAUUUACCCACAAUUCUUCGCGCAAUUUAACAGUGGUCGACAACACAAGUAGUGGCAGUAAAAUUGCUGAAUUUACAGCAAUAUGUGAAAGUCAGGGUCAUAUUGUUUCAUAUUUCCUUGAAGGCGAACAUAAAAGUUUCUUUUCUCUUCAUCCUAUAACUGGUAUUUUAUAUCUACAAAGAAGAUUUAAAAGUGACAUGUUUAUUACACUAAAUGUAAUAGCUUCAAACUUACGUAAUCCGAAGUUAAAUGACACGCUACGUAUUUUUAUAAAUGCUGUGCGGACCAGUCAUCAUACAUCCAUGUACCGCUACAAACUUAAAGUCAUACAUUUAAACAACAAAAAUUAUACGAACAUAAUUGGAGCAUUUGCUGUUAAUAAAAGCGAAAAAUAUGGAAAAAAAUAUACUUACAAUAUAACAAAAGGUAAUAAUGACAAUGCAUUUCUUUUGAAUAACACCUCCGCAGAGCUGUUUCAUAAAGAAAAUUUCAAAUUACAACGUUGUGCAUUGCUAGAAAUUACAGCAACGGAUGGAAAAUUGUUAGAUAUCCUUAAUGUUUUUGUAUUGUUAAAAGACUGGCCUAACACUAACAUCACGUUUACUAGAACUUCCUAUACGUUUUAUGUUCAAGAGGGUACGCCCAUGGGCGGUGUAGUCGGACACACUAAAGUAACUAAAAGUGACGACAAAGGAGAUUACUUUAUACAGUCCGGUAACGAACUUGGUUACUUUUCAAUCGAUAAAAACGGGUACAUCAUUGCAGAAAAGAAAAUAUUGCACCAAACUGAUCAGACCUGUAACUUAACAAUUGUCUAUGUGACCGAUUGCAUCAAAACAAAAACUAAAGUCAUUGUUGUCAUCACGGAUCUCAACAACCAUGUCCCUGUGUUUACCUCUCGAAACAUGGUAACAAUUCCUGACACCACUAAAAUUUUCAGUGUCAUAUAUAAUAGCUCUGUUGAGGAUGUGGAUGUUGGUGAAAGCGGGAAGAUCUCUUUUGAGCUGCAUACAGAUCAUGAAAAAUUGUUUUGCAUCAAUAAUGAAACUGGGCAGAUUUUUCUGCAAGGAUAUUUAACAAGAGAAGUUUAUAACCUUGUAAUUGUAGCGCGCGAUCACGGAAGUCCCAGUCUUCAAUCUAGCAUGAUAUUAACUAUAAUCGUUAACGAAACUCAAAAUAGAGUCCCUGUGUUUACAUCACGUGAUAUCGUCAUUGUUGUAGAUGUCAAUCAAACUAUUUACGAACCCUUUUAUGAAGUAAAAGGAGACGAUAAAGAUUCAAAACAGAACGGAAGAACAAUGUUUUAUAUUGACUCAGAAGAAUUCGGUAUUUAUUCAAACGGCUUGUUAUAUGCGAAGCAAGAUCUGCAGACGGUAAAAUUCUCCUUUUAUGAACUGAUAAUUUAUUUACACGAUAGUGGACAGCCAUCACUUCAAGUUAACAUCUCAGUGCUCAUAUACAUCGACUGUCACACUUCGUCCGCCAUAUUUACAAACUCGAUAUAUUAUAUCAACAUAACUGAAAAUAUCGAAUUAAACACAACCAUUGGAUAUGUUCCAUUACAACCUUCCAUUACAAAUACGAACUUUUUCUUAGAAACCAGAAAUCGAUACGUUGAUCUCAUUGGUCAAGAAUUGGUUAUAAAAGAUGAAAUUGAUCGCGAAAGAAUCAACCAGAGGUUUGGUAACAACCUUUUAAUCUUACGUAUCCAUGGCAGCAGAAAUACAUACAGUGAUACAUGUUUGAUUGUCAUUCGUGUACUCGAUGAAAAUGAUCACCCACCGAAAUUUGUUAGCAAACAAGCCUGCGUUUCUUUAAGCACAUCUGACAGGUUAAAAAUUUUAGCAGAAGACGAUGACAUAUAUCCGAACGAUAUUGUCCGAUAUAAAAUCAUUGACGGUGCGGACAAGAACCAAGUAGUUAUAAACAACACCACUGGAGUAAUAGAUGUUGCAUUGUUUUCCACACCUCACAAGGAAAGUGAAUUCGUUUUGGAAAUUUUAGCUUAUGACCCAACAAAACCGGAAUUUAAUGACACCCUUAAUUUGACUGUAUUUACUUCCACAGGUAGAAACGAAUAUCCUCCAGUGUUUUCUAACCAAGCAAAUGUCACGAUAGAACUUUACGAAAACGAGACAUUGGGUUCAAUUGUCGCUAUUUUAAAAGCCACCGACGCCGACGGAUAUUCAUUUCUGACUUAUCAUAUCAAACACGGCAAUUCCAACCGACGUUUCACUAUUCAUCCAAUCACAGGACAGCUGCAACUUAUUGCCCAGUUAGAUUUUGAAACCUGUCAGCAAUACGAUUUAAAAAUAACUGUCGAAGACGGCAUAUUUUCUGAUUAUACGUACGUCAAAGUAAGCGUAAAGGGCAUCAACGAUAAUAAACCGUUGUUUCCAAACUCAUCCGUAAUUUGGAACAUUGAUAACAAUGCUGUCAGCGGAACAAAAGUUGGCGCAUGCGCAGUUAGGGAUUUAGAUGAAGAUGACGUGUUGGUAUACUCGUUGAAAGGAAAUUCAAAAGACGCGAAAUACUUUUCAAUUGAUCAAAAUAAUUGUGAAGUGUUUUUAUCAACAGACGGCAUCAAACUUGAUUCAUCAGAAGUGACGUUAUCCAUAUCUGUCACUGAUGGUUUACAUUCGUCAACGCUUGACAUUACUGUCGUUCAAAAGAUCGUCACACCGCCGAUCAUAGCGUCUUCACUUGCUGCUGUCGUUAAUUCUGAUGUUAAACCAAGUACCACUCGAAGUAUUUAUGACGUUCGUGUUGAAGAAAAAUUUAAAAAAAAUUCACAGUAUUUCCUUGCCGGUGGUGUAUAUGCAAGUAUCUUCCGUGUAAAUCGUUCACAUGGUCACUUGUAUCUUGAAUCAGCAUGGCCAUCCAAUACUUGGUGCAUCAUCUUACAGUUAAAAGUGGUUUCGAGCAAUGGACACGAGACUUUGUUUUCAUUGUUGCUGUUCAAAGCCACGACGCGUGAUAUAAAAUUUCAACAUUCACUCUACUACGCCUCAGCUAAAGAAAACAGUGGCAGCGAAGUAUAUCUGUUAGAACCUAAGGCGAUUAACAGGAGAGACAUUAGCAAAAAUUCGUAUAUCACAUACCACAUAACUAAUGGUGCGUAUCAACAUUACUUCAAGCUGAAUCAAACAAACGGUCGCAUUUUCAUCGCCAAAGAACUUGAUCGAGAAAAGUUAGGCUCUACCGUUGUGUUAACAGUUUUUGCUGUCGACCUAACUAGUUCUUUAUCGCAAACUGCUUUUACAACUGUCCAUAUAACAAUUCUCGACGAAAAUGACAAUUACCCGAUUUUUAAUAAUCCGAACGCUGAAGUUACAGCCUCUGAAGAUUUCAAAGUUUCAUCGGUCGUUGCCAACAUGUCGGCUAGCGAUGAAGAUGCAGGCUCGAAUGGCGAAGUUGUUUAUGUCAUAGUCUCUGGUGAUCCAAAUUCAACAUUCAGCAUAAACGCAUCCACUGGAAUUGUCACAGUUGCCGUUCCUCUAGACCGAGAAAAAAUAGCUCGAUAUAUAUUAAAUAUCUCUGCUUCCGAUAAAAGCUUGAAACCGAAAGUGUCUUAUACAGCGUUGACAGUGACGGUAGCCGACGUUAACGAUAACAGACCAACAUUUAACCAAUCUACCCUACAUUUUUCUCUUAUUAGCACUGCAAAUGUCAGAACAGUGGUUGGAAUUGUCACAGCCCUAGAUGAAGACAGAGGAAUAAAUGGAGAGGUUUACUAUAAAAUUACCGCUGGUGAUUACGGGUAUUUUUCCAUUGAUGGGAUGUCAGGAAUAAUAACGACGAAAAAGAACAUCAGCUUUGAAAAUAGACAGCUAUUUAUGUUGACUAUAACAGCAUAUGACGGUAGUGAAGACGUACUGAGUUCCAACGCUACCGUAUUUAUUACCAUAAAUGACGUUACUUAUCAUCCGAUACUUUUCCGUCAAAGCGAAUAUCAUGUCGAAGUGCUAGAAAAUGCUACACAAAAUAAUGUUAUCUUUUCGCUUAAAAAUGAAGUUGUCGGAUAUAAUGGUCACACUUACCUUGAAGUUAUAAGUGAAAAAGAUGUGUUUGGAGUUUCUGCGAACGGAGAUUUGAUUGUGAAAGAUAAAUUAGACCGAGAACGGAAGAGCGAUUACAUUCUUCGUGUAUCUGUUUCCAACUUCAAAGAAGAGAGUAUUUGCCCUAGAUCGUGCACCACUGUUUAUGUUAGAAUAACAGAUGUGAAUGACAAUUAUCCUUAUUUUAAAAUUCCUCCGUUCAUUUCUGUACGAGAAAAUACUCCCCCUGGAAGUAUCAUUGCACGAUUGAAAGCGCGCGAUGCCGAUAGCGGUAGUAAUGCUGUACUAAGCUACAAACAAGUUAAUAACAGGAGUGUGUCUAGCGUUGACCUCAGUGGCCAAAUCAAGCUACUCACAUUUUUAGAUUAUGAAUCCAAGAAAGAACACGUAUUUACAGUAUCAGUGUGUGACCAUGGAACUCCUCAGUUAUGUUUAAACCAAUCAGUUCGCCUUGUGGUAGAAGAUGUUAAUGACAAUUGGCCGUUUUUUGUAAAGCAUGAUCGGGAAAUAUAUUUGACCGAAAUGGUUAAUUCGAACUAUCCACUAAUGACUCUAAACGCUGGUGACAAAGAUAAUGGCUUAAAUGGCCAACUUGAAUUUCAGAUUUUAUCAUUUGCGAACCUAUUUAGAAUUGACAAAAAUCAUGGGGUGUUGACCUUAAAAAAUGAUCUUUAUAUUCCCAAUAACAAGUACGAUAUUCACGUGCGCGUUUUUGAUCACGGUAUCCCGCAACGCUCAAACACCACCCAAUUUGUCCUGUAUGUAGAUAUACUAUAUCCACCAAAAUUCAAGAAGAAAUUAUACAGCUUAAAGCUGAGGGAAAAUAUUGGACCAAUCAGCUUUUUUGCGUUGGUAGAAGCAGUUGUCAAUCAUACUAAAAACAUUUCCAAUCUCAUUUACUCGAUUAACAACAGCAACUACAAAGACUAUUUCAGUAUAAGUUCAAACACAGGAGUUAUUUCUCUUUUAAAACCGGUAGAUCGUGAGGAAAUUCAGUCCUUUAAUAUGACGGUUAAAGUCGAGGAUGCAAGCAAACCGAGUUUGUACGACAAAACUUUCGUCUACAUCUCCAUCCUAGAUGAAAACGACAAUACUCCAUUCAUUGAUAAUACUAAUUUUAACGCUACAAUAAAAGAAAACGUCAACGGUGGAGCUUACGUUCUUGCUGUAAAAGCGUUCGAUUUAGAUAAAGGAGAAAACAGCGCGUUGAAAUUUUCAUUAUUAAAUUUUUAUACUUUAUUUUCUAUGGAUCAAAACACUGGCGAUGUAAAAACAAUUGUGUCUCUCGACCACGAGCACCAAACUAGUUAUCAGCUUACGGUACAAGUAAGCGACUGUGGCACACCCAAGCGGAGCUCAUUUGCCAAUUUUACAGUUUUCAUCUCAGAUGUAAAUGAUAAUCCACCAAUGUUUACACAAAAACGGUAUCAAAUAAACAUCCAGCCUGGACUCCCUGUGGAUAGCUUUGUUUUUCAACUUAUGGCUCAGGACAAAGAUUCGUUAGAGAACUCAUUUAUGAAAUAUGAUAUGAAAAACAGUUCUAUGUUUAAGUUACAUGAACUCACUGGGAUUAUAACAACAAAAAAGUUCAUACCCAAGAAACAUGUUACCUUUACCUUAGAAGUCACUGCCUUCGAUCCGCUAAUACCACGCUAUCUCGACAAAGCAGUCAUUGUUGUCGCUGUUUUGACGUCAGGUCGGUUUCCUGUCGUGUAUCCAACGGUUGCUUUUGUUCAAUUGUUUGAGGAAGACGCGACAUAUAUUACACGUUCGUUUUCACAAGUAAACGGCUCAAGUCCUCUUGAUGGGAUAAGUGGUUCGGUAAAGUACUUAAUAGCAAAUUCAAAUGACAACUUGUUUUUGGUAACAGAUGGAAAGCUGUUCUUACGUCACGAACUUGACUAUGAGAAACAAUCACGCUACGUAGUAUGGGUAAGAGUAUCAGACUCACAACAACCUCCGCUUUAUUCGUAUGCUAAAUUUAUUAUCUACGUCGUCAACAUCAAUGACAAUCCACCACGGUUUACUCAUAAAAUGACCAGAUUGAAAGUUCGUGAAAACGAGCCAAAUGAUACGACAAUACACCAACUUCGUGCGUAUGACAUUGAUGAUCCAGACACUGUUAUCAGGUUUUACUUAAAUGACUCUAUCAAUUUCUCAAUUAACCAGACCGAUGGGAAAAUUUCAACGAGAGUUAUAUUUGAUUACGAGAUUAAGAGUUGUUAUUCUGUCUUAGCAACCGUUUUUGAUGUUAGCAACGCGAAUCACACUGAUACAACUUUAUUGGUUGUUGAGAUUGAAAACGUAAACGAUAAUCCUCCAAUCACAAAAAAGCAAUAUAAUAUUACCGUACCAGAAGACUUUCCUGUUAGUAAGCCGUUUUUAACAAUUGAAGCAAACGAUACUGAUAAACUCGGUAAUCUUAAGUUUUCAGUAACGGCUGUCAAUUUCGCUGUGGGUGCUACAACUGGAGAUUUAUCGUUGACGUCGACUUUGGAUCGAGAGAAAAUUGAUUUUUAUGAAUUUAAUGUGACGGUAACCGAUGGAUUGCAUUUGUUAAACUCGACCAUUCGACUAACUGUAUCUGAUGUUAAUGACUGUCCUCCACGUUUUGAAAAUAACACCAUUGCAUUGCAUGCGUAUGAAAAUUCCAGCCUAAAUACAAUUAUUUACACAAUAAGCCUCUACGAUGAAGAUCUUGGUAAUAACUCCAAAUCACUAAUAUCUCUAUCACAAAGCGAUCCAGUCAUUAACGAAUAUUUUAAUCUGACGAAAGAUGGAAGUAUAAUACUUUUAAAGAAUUUAUCCUUAUCUGGAAAGCCAAGAAAUUUCACCUUUUUUAUCACAGCACAGAACAUUAAACCACCGCAAUACAACGCUUCGGCUAACGUAAUAAUUAAUGUAAUCGAUGUGAACGAUCAUGCACCUGUAUUUAACCAAAGCACCUUCACAGCGUACACCUUGUAUUUAACACGUGUCGGAAAAAUUGUAACGUCAGUCGUUGCUUACGACCUCUAUGAUCUAGAUGACAAUCAAGUCGUGUCGUACGACAUCGUCGAAGGUAAUGGAACAAGUUAUUUUGUUAUUGAUAACAAAGGUGACAUUCGCGUCAAAGAUUCAUUGCGAAGGCACAUAAAAUCAUGGCUGUAUCUGGCAGUUGUGGCGCGUGAUGACGGAUAUCCAGCAAUGAAAUCGCAUUGUUUAGUAAAAAUAUAUAUCGAGGAAAAAAACGUCUUCCCUCCGGUAAUACGAAAUACAUCGUAUGUGAAGGUUAUACCGGAAAAUGCACCCCCACACCGCGAGGUCUUGAAAAUACACGCACAAGAUUACGAAUCCAAAUCUGACCUGACUUACAAAAUCAUAAGCGGGAGCGCGCGUAACUGGUAUAUAUCUCAAAAUGGCGUCCUGAUGUUUAAGAAUCCGUUGGAUUAUGAAGUAAAACAAUCUUAUAAAUUAUUAGUUGCUGUUUAUGAUCGAAAUUUUUUAAAUCAAAAAUCCUCAACUGCUACAUUUUAUAUAACCGUGACAGAUAUCAAUGAUAAUAAACCUAUAUUUAACCAGGGCAGCUACAUGAAGACCAUAUCAGAAGAUUUUCACAUUAGCAAUGUAAUUAUCACAGUUUAUGCAACUGACACUGACUCGCCUGUAAAUAACAAGAUAUCUUAUCGAAUACAAAGAGGAGAUUCUAGAUUCCUCAUCAAUUCACACAGCGGUGAAAUAACGUCAACGAAAAAGUUUGACUAUGAAACAAAAUCAGUGUACUCGCUUGUGGUUACGGCAACUGACAAUGGCUCUCCUCCGUUAUCAUCGGAUAUCAUUGUUACGUUGUAUAUAUAUGGAGUGAAUGAGUUUGCACCUAAGUUUACCGCCACUUUUUAUAACUUUUCAACGAUGGAGAGUGUUACUGAAGGUACUGUUUUAGGACAAGUUAACGCAUUUGACAAAGACAAAGGAAUUGACGGUUUAUGUUCUUACCUACAAACGAUACCCCCUGAAUAUGGUAUUAUUGUAAACUCCUCCACUGGAUCUAUACAAAGCGCCAUGAGAUUGUCACCCGGUAAAAUAACUUUUGAUGUUGUAGUGCAAAACUAUAAUUUUGAUCUCCGUUUUAUUGAUCUUACCUCGGUAACCAUCGACGUUCUGUACGAAGGAGAGCAUCCAGUUUUCAACAAACAAUUAUACCGAAUUUCUACAUAUGAGAAUACAUCAAUUUCUACGCCACUGAUAAAAGUACAGGCCACAAUUACAGAGGUUAAUAAUAGUCUCAUAGAAUACAACAUCCAUAAUGCGUCUUCCAUGUUUAGCAUCGAGAAAAAUACUGGUAUUAUAAGACUAGCUAAAGUCUUGGAUCGAGAACUUGUAGAUUUUUACAACCUUACGUUAAUCGCAGCAUGUAAGAAUGGAACGUCAGUUCUUCAAGGUUACUCUACUUUGUCAGUGACUGUGUUAGAUAUAAAUGAUAAUCCUCCAACAGUAAGCAAUUGUUUCGGUACCGUAAGAGAAAAUUCACCAGUUGGAACACCAAUUUUGUUGUUGCAAGUUGAGGAUAAUGAUACGUUACCCAAUGCGGAACCGUUCGUCUAUCACAUCGAAACGUUUAGAAGUAUAUUUUCAGUGAACGAAACAACUGGUGUUUUAUUAAACAUGGCAGCCAUUGACUAUGAAACAGAUAGUCAAUACGAAUUUUUAAUAACUAUAUCUGACAAUGGAAGACCAAAGUUAUCUUCUCAAGUUAAGUGCGUCAUUUCCGUGCUUGACGAGAACGACAAUCCUGGAAAAGAACGACACUCAAAAGUAAUCGUAAAUUUUGGUCGAAGCAAAGAAGAUUUUAUCGUGAAUAAAACAAAUACGAUGUAUGUUGGAGAUCUCUCCCCAACUGAUGUUGAUGUAAAUGAUACCUACUAUUGCAAAUUGAGAGACACCACACAGAAAGGUCUAUAUUUCCAAGAAAACACAUGUAAACUGUAUGCCUCAGUGAGCCCAACUGUGUCCAAAGAAAUGUCCAUAUGGUAUAAUGGGAGUGUCGGAGACGUCAAGACCGUAGUCUGCUCAUCUAAGAUUCAAUAUCAUAAUAUUUCUACAACAAGAUAUCCUACGCAUAUCAUGCUCCAUUUAAAUGAUGUAAUGAUACAAGAUUUCAUAAACUCCAGUUUGAUUAAAUUCGAAGAACAUGUCAACUUAAAAAUAAGUCAUUCAAAAGAGCAACUUGCAAAGAUAAUUUCUGUUCAAGAUUUUAACAAGGGUCUUAAUUUGGUUUUUGCUGUAAGCGCUGCAGUAAGAAAAGACGCGUUUGUUCAAUCCGUGGUUUCUAAUGCUGAUGAACUUCUACAUAUCUCUCGUAGCAGCAAAAUUGAUAUUGACGUAAAUUUGUGCUUAACAAAUUCGUGCAAUAUAAACUCCAAGUGUGAGUUCAGUCUUGAUUUUAAUGGAAAGAAAAUUAUCGAUACCGAAAGUGUAAUCUUUCACUCGCUCGUUCAUACUGUAAACAAAACAUGUUUAUGUUUGCCAGGCUGGGUGGGCGAGAAAUGCAACCAACGUCCACAAUCAUGCUUUCCAAAUCCUUGUCAAAAUAGCGGAACGUGUGAAAGCAAAAAUGUUAAAAUAAGGUGCGUCUGUGGGAAGUUUUUCACUGGAAGAUACUGCGAAUUAGAUGUUAACGAAUGUAAUAAAUCUCCGUGCGAAAAUGGCGGGAAAUGCAUAAAUAAAUAUGGCGGAUAUAAGUGCGUAUGUAACGAUGAAUUUACCGGGGAGUUUUGCGAAACAAAAAUUACGGCGUGUCAUUCUAAUCCAUGUAAUAACAAUGGUCGGUGCAUACCAGUAGGAAAUACAUUUCAAUGUGAAUGCCAGUUUGGCGAUUAUGGAAAACAGUGCGAUAAGCAAAGCUUAAACUUUGAUGCUGUCAGUUACAUGAAACGAAAUUCAAUAAACAUGAUGAAGCAAUUCAGUUACUACGUGGAAUUUGCAUCCGUUGAAGCGUCGGCGUUGUUAUUGCUGCUAUACUCCAAUGGAUCCAGCAUAGCAGUCCAAAUAAAAAAUGGAAGACUGGAGAUGUCUCUUUCAAAUAUGAAGGAAGUGUCUCACUUAACAAACAAUGUUCAUGUUUCGGAUGGUGUGUUUCAUUCUUUUGAAAUUUUGAUUACGCAAAAGAUUGUUUCUAUGAUCGUGGACAAAAGGUUUCGAGUAUCAACAAGUCAAAAACUAUCGAGUAUUUCAACUAAUCACACAUUAACCAUCGGUGGGAUUGAAUCAACCGAUCUAAUCUAUCGUUUUGCAAGAUAUUUAUCGGCGAUAGACUUUAUCGGCUGCAUGCGCAAUAUUGUAAUGAACAACGCCACGAAGACCAAAUCUGAUUUUUUUGCAAGUAAGGGCGUACGAGCUGGGUGUAGAAGAACAAAAGGAUGUGAUUCUAAUUCGUGUGGAGUAGGGCAGUGUAUUGAUUUAUGGUCAGAAGUUGAAUGUCGUUGUGAAGAUGGAUACACCGCGAAAAGUUGUCAAAAAGCUUACAAAUCAGUGAAGUUGCAGGAUUCUCCCAUACGUUUAAAGCUAAGCGAAUCCUAUAAACGGAGAAUGUUGUUAAACAAAGAUAUUCGAAUUCGUCGUGCAGCAUUGAUAGAGAACAGCUCAAUUUUGAUACAGUUUAGAACAAGAAAGAAAGAAGGCGUUUUAUUCAAUUCUAUGUGCAACCGAGGCUACACACAGUUAUACCUCAAUGAUGGUAAAAUACAUUAUGCAUCAAGUUUAAAUAAUAUCACCAGCGCUACAUCGUUGUCAGAAGCGUCUGUAGCAGAUGGGAAAUGGCACAACGUAUCAAUGUUGGUCCGUGGUAGUAUUGUCUCGAUUGUUCUCGAUUUAUACCAAUCCACCAAACAUAUUUACGGCAACAGUUUGCAUCAGUUCUUUAGCAUGGAGGUUAACGAGAUUCUUUUUGGGAAAGAGUUUGAAGGCUGUCUAGGAAAAUUGAAGUUAAAUGAAAACGCAUUAUAUCUGUCCAGCUCUACGAGAUUAUUUGACGUGAGCGCGUCUCCUUUAGUAAGUUUAGGAUGUGUGUCCACAGAUGUGUGUCAAUCGAAUCCAUGUGAGAAUAAGACGUUGAAACAUUGUGUCGACGACUGGGAGGCGUAUUCCUGUGUUGCACCUGGAAUAUGUGUAAACAAACCAUGUAGAAACAAAGGACGGUGUCGGCCUGUUGGGACAACCUCGUUCUCGUGUGAUUGCAGUAGAACAGAUCACGUUGGUCGGGUAUGUGAAAUAUCGAGGUUAUGUGUACCGAAUCCAUGCAAAUUGAACGAGAUUUGCUCUCUUGAAAACAGCAAUUACACUUGCACUGUAGAAAAAGUAAAGAAGCUGGAAAACGCCUUUCUUGAUGAGGAAAUCAUCAUAACCAUCACGUUAUGCGCGAUAGUAGUUAUCUCUACUGUGAUUGGUUGUUUUGCUGCUAGGCGACGUUGGCAGGGUAAAACGUUUGUAAAAGGGACUUUUGAGAAAGGAUUUGAUAAUCAUGGACAAGAGUUGGAUGAUUUGGAUCAAAUACGCCGAUGCAGGGAAAAGUCUCACUUAAACAGAUCAAAUCUAUCGCUACCAACGUAUGCAAAUGAACGAGACCAACUUAGUGGCUUGUCUCGAUAUAAAUCUGUUGACAUCCCGUUACAGAAGUUUCGAAGCACUGACGAAAUAGCGAACAUUCAGCGAGGUAUAUCAUCUAAACAUGUGACGUCGCAAGAGCCACCAGGUGAUAGGUUUACGCUUAGAACACAUCAAGUCACUCCUCCUAUUGAAAGUGGAUUUGAAUCUACUGGAAGUGAUAUCGCUUGUCAUCGACAAAAUAGUGCACUUGUUAUCCCAGAAGCAUACGAUCUAGACGACGCUAGUAUUGGAUACAGUGAAAUGAGUUUUCGUUAUGACAAUGGAUCAUCGACAAACCUUCCCACAAUGCCAUUUACAAUGGAUGAUGUCUCAGUCAUUACAGAUGCUGUGUUUGGAUCAGAAAUUAGCGAGGCAACAUACACAACGGAGAGCGAUUCUGACGCGUCUUUCACAUGUAGCGAAUGCGAUUAUGGCAAAUCAAGUUACAGCAGAGGUCGGCGAAAUCCAGCCUACAUUUUUUCUUUGGCAGAACGCUCGAAAAAAAGUACAAUGCGCGAAGAAUGUGAACACUUCUCUGAUACGUCCUCAUAUAACACGUCACUUGCGUCGUUUACAGCGAGCGAAAAAACGGCGCGCUCUCGUCAUCGCAGUCUACCAAGCCGACAUCGAAGAAGAAAGCGAAGUAUUGACGUGAGACAUGUUUUAAACUCCCAUAUGUUUUUACACAACAGUAAUAUUCAUACCUCAAAAGAACAUCUCGGACAUGAUAAUAUAUGUUACGAACUAGAGAAGGUUCCAGAAUCGGUGAAUGAAGAAUAUGUGUAAUAUCUCUUUAGAUACAGCCUAAUCCCUUACUCAAAUUGUCGGUGCAAUUCUUAUAAGCCUCUGGUAACCCACACUACAAACCCUGUAGAUCGGCCAGCCUACAAACCCUGGGGACAAGCUACUGUUUUUAAUUUUUUAGUUUGUUUUUGUUAUUUUUUUGGUUUUUUAGACUGGAUUAACUUAAGAUUUUACUUUUAAUAUUAUGAGCAGGAGAGUUAAUAAUUGUGUUCCUAAAACUACUACUGAUCUCAUCCAUCUGAAUCACUCACUCACUCCUAUCUUCUUAAAGUAUAAUUACUACUUCACUAUACUAGUUGAAAUUUAAUAAUUCUUUAAAUUCGUGAUUUAAGUCCAAUAUUGACCAAUUAUCAUUUAGGAGGUGUGAAAUAUUAAACAAUAGAAUAAGAAUUGGUCAGGCAAUAUAAAAUUUGACACUUCCUUUCUGACACGCCUUAGCUAGUUUUGUAAAUUUAUUUAAAUUUUGUAUAAUAUAAUAGUUGUAAAUCUCCUAUUUUUUAAAAAGUUAUUUUAUUUUUAUGAGAAAUAUAUGAUAAUAUAUGUUUUAUGAGUAAA